UUAAUUGCCAUCGCCAGCUGAGCGCGCUUUGUUUUUUGGCACAGCAUUUGCGAAAUUCUAUUUGUGUUAAUUGUUUUGUUGUUAUUGUUAUCAAAUAAUAAAUAUUAAGCAAUAUGAAGGAGUGUCCUUAUGGCGAAAAGUGCUACAGAAAGAAUCCCAUUCAUUUCGGCGAGUUCUCCCACGCCCACCAUGCCAUCUAUGAGAAGGGAAAUGGAUCCGGGGACUACGAGAUACCAGCCAAGUACUCCAGCGAGAUGAUCCACACACAGCUAAAGUUGCUGGAGAAACUGUUUCCCAAAGCGGCAGCCAAGAAGGAAGAGGAAGCCCAUUCCUCGAGCUCAAAACCACCCGUUACUGCUCCGAUUGCCAGUGGAUCCUCGAGUUCAGGGUCCUUAGAUACCAAGCCCAGUGGAUCCUCAAGUUCCAGGCCAGCUGCUUCCCAAGACACCUCAAACCUGGCAAAAAAACAGAAACUGAAUGCCAAGAACAUCAAGGACUAUAUUCCGGUGGUAAUCGAAAAGGGCGGGAUGGCCAAAAAGCUGGAGCGGGCCGCUCCAUAUAACAUGUUCCUCACGGCGAUUACGGACUCCAAGCCCACCCACGCGGAACCAUUGAGCAUAACGCUCCAGGAAAUCCUGGACGAGAGUCUGGGCGAGAUUGAGAGCACCGUUCAGAUCAACUUUAUGGUGGACAUUGGCUGGCUCCUGGGUCACUACUAUUUUGCCGGGAUACUAGACAAGCCCCUGCUGGUUCUCUACGGCGACGAAUCUCCGGAGCUGCUUAGCAUCGGCAAGUUCAAGCCGCAGGUGACGGCUAUUCGUGUCAGGAUGCCCACGCCCUUUGCCACCUCGCACACCAAGAUGAUGUUCCUCGGCUACACCGAUGGCUCCAUGCGGGUGGUCAUCUCCACGGCGAAUCUGUACGAGGACGACUGGCAUAACCGCACGCAGGGCCUGUGGAUAAGUCCCAAGCUGCCUGCUUUGCCGGAGGAUGCGGAUACGGGCGCUGGCGAAAGUCUGACGGGCUUCAAACAGGAUCUAAUGCUGUACUUGGUGGAGUACAAGAUAAGCCAGUUGCAGCCUUGGAUAGCAAGGAUCCGCAAGAGUGAUUUCAGUGCCAUCAACGUUUUCUUUCUGGGCUCUGUGCCCGGAGGUCAUCGCGAGAGCAGCGUGCGUGGUCAUCCGUGGGGUCACGCUCGCUUGGGCUCCUUGCUCUCCAAGCACGCAACUCCCAUCGACGAUCGCAUACCUGUCAUCUGUCAGAGCUCGAGCAUCGGCAGCCUAGGAGCCAACGUGCAAGCCUGGAUUCAGCAGGAUUUCGUCAACAGUCUGAAGAAGGAUUCCACGCCUGUGGGCAAACUGCGCCAGAUGCCGCCCUUCAAGAUGAUUUAUCCCAGUUUCGGAAACGUCUCGGGCAGUCAUGACGGCAUGCUGGGCGGCGGGUGCCUGCCCUAUGGCAAGAACACCAACGAUAAGCAGCCAUGGCUCAAGGACUAUCUGCAGCAGUGGAAGUCCAGCGAUCGUUAUCGCUCGCGCGCAAUGCCGCACAUCAAGAGCUACACGCGCCUCAAUCUGGAGGACCAGUCGGUUUAUUGGUUCGUUUUAACCUCCGCCAAUCUGUCGAAGGCAGCCUGGGGCUGCUUCAACAAGAACUCGAAUAUUCAACCCUGCCUGAGGAUCGCCAACUAUGAGGUUGGCGUCCUAUUCCUACCCAGAUUUGUGACUGGCGAGGACACUUUUCCUUUGGGCAACAAUCGCGACGGCGUGCCUGCUUUUCCACUACCAUACGACGUUCCAUUGACGCCCUAUGCUCCAGAUGAUAAGCCCUUCCUGAUGGAUUACCUACAAGGUUUAUAUUAAGAUACCUCUUUCAAAGCUUCUCCAAUAGCUUUCGAAUUAAUCGUUAUGUCUGUUCUCUGGCACCUAAUCACAUUUAAUAUCAGUUACGUUUAUUUAUUUACUCUAUAUUUAAUUUAAGAAAAGUCAA